CAUUGAAACAUACAAUACAAGAGAAAGCCAGCGGCAGGCGAGCGCAGCCCAGAGGAGUCAGCGGCAGCAGGAGCCUCCCGAGGCGGGGACGGCGGCGGCGACCUCCGGGCAGUGGCCUUCCUUUAGGGCCUGUUUAAAGGGAUACUGUCAACUUUAAAUCCAGAGACAAGCUUUUGUGUAGGUGCAAGUAAAUAAAAACUUUCUGUCAGCAAAUUGAAAGGAAUAUAGCAGCAAGAUGUCUGCCCGAAGUGGGAAAAAGAAAAUGUCCAAAAUGUCACGCUCAAGCAGGGCAGGUGUUAUUUUCCCUGUGGGGAGGAUGAUGCGCUACUUGAGGAAAGGAACAUACAAGUACCGGAUAGGUGUUGGAGCGCCAGUCUACAUGGCAGCUGUCAUAGAAUACCUAGCAGCCGAAAUACUAGAGCUAGCGGGGAAUGCAGCAAGAGACAACAAAAAGGGAAGAAUUGCCCCCAGACACAUCCUCCUGGCAGUUGCCAAUGAUGAGGAACUGAACCAGUUGCUAAAAGGAGUGACCAUUGCAAGUGGAGGGGUCCUGCCCAGAAUUCAACCAGAGCUUCUUGCCAAAAAACGAGGUGCCAAAGGCAAAUCUGAAACUAUCCUUUCCCCAUCUCCCGAAAAGAGAGGGAGGAAAUCCUUGGUGAGCAAGAAGAGUGGAAAGAAAGCAAAGGCUACCAAAGCCCGUGCACCCAAAAAGAGCAAGCAGAAGGAGAAUGAAAAAGAAGGGGCCUCAAAUUCAACAUCUGAGGAUGGACCUGGGGAUGGAUUCACCAUCCUGUCUUCUAAGAGCCUCGUUCCAGGACAGAAGCUUUCUCUGACACAAAGUGACGUCAGCCAUAUUGGCUCCAUGAAAGUAGAAGGCAUUGUUCACCCAACAACUGCUGAAAUAGACCUCAAGGAGGAAAUAGGCAAGGCCUUGGAAAAGGCUGGAGGGAAAGAAUUUUUAGAAACAGUAAAGGAGCUCCGCAAAUCACAAGGACCUUUGGAAGUUGCUGAAGCUGCCCUCAGCCAGUCCAGUGGACUAGCAGCAAAGUUUGUGAUCCACUGUCACAUCCCACAGUGGGGUUCAGACAAAUGUGAAGAGCAACUUGAGGAGACUAUUAAGAACUGCUUAACAGCUGCAGAAGACAAGAAAUUGAAAUCUGUGGCUUUCCCACCUCUCCCCAGUGGCAGAGCUGUGCUGCAAUCUUUAUUUAAAUGGACUAUGAGCACCCACCUCCACGCAUCAGAUCACUACUUGGAAGUCAACAAGAAUGGAAUAUACAUGGACAAGCAUUCGAAGAAGAAAAGUUACUUACCUUUACAGAAACUGCUUCCCAAAACAGACCGCAGCCCAGGUGACUCUCAAAGCCAUUUCCACCCAUUUUGAUGACACUAGUUCUUCCUCCCUGAAGAACAUUUACUUUCUGCUCUUUGACAGUGAGAGCAUCGGAAUCUACGUGCAAGAAAUGGCAAAGCUAGACACCAAGUAGCUAUGGCAGCCAAAUGAAGCUUUAUUUUUCAACAUAAAUUUGAGUAGCAUUAAAGAAUUAGAGGUGGGUUUUAUUUUUAAAACGUGGUGAAGAGGGGGAAUGUUAGUAGUUUGAUGUUUUGUGACUUAAUGGAGAACUUUGCUAUGGAGGAGAGGGUUUAGUCUGUGAUUAAUUCUUGCUAUAGAUACCCCCUACCAUUUUAUAUCACCUUAAAGAAAUCUUGAGUAGUUAAUUUGCCAGCUCUCUUCAAAAGUUUGUUUAAAUGUGUCUUGCUUUUUUAGUUUAGGACUCAUUUUAGAUUUGUAGCUUUGAAUUUUACACACACGCACACAAUUCUUUGUUCCCCUUUCUUUUUUCGACGGUGGAUGGCAAAAUGUUAAUUUUUUUUGUCUACAUUCCAUGUUGGAGAGAGAAUUUUAAAGAUGUACUAGGACCUUCUAUUUUGUUUUUCCCCAUAAUAAUCUCUGUAAUUACUGAGAAUAUUUCAUCUUGUUUUUUUGUUUUAUAAGAAAAAAGAAAAGAAAA